AUGGUAAAGUGGAUCAUGGCGUGUGUGGCUUCUACUUCGUUUUCGUUAGCUAUUAACGGGAACCUCUUUGGGUACUUUAAAAGGAAACGAGGGCUACGACAGGGUGACCCUAUAUCUCUGUAUCUGUUUACGAUGGUUAUGGAAGUCCUCACUCUAAUAUUGGACAAACAUGUUGCGAUAUCGAAUGAUUUUAGAUUCCAUAACAAGUCUGAGAAGCAAAGAAUAAUCAAUUUGUGUUUUGCGGAUGGUUUAUUUCUUUUUGCGAGAGGAGAUCAUAAAUCGGCUGGAGUCAUAAUGUUGGCGAUUAAUGACUUUAGGUCCAUGUCGGGUCUUGUUCCAAGCAUGACGAAGAGUACUAUUUUCUUUGGCAAUGUGACGAAACAGGUGAAAGAGAGAUCUUGA